AUUGACGACGCCUUCUCCUUCAAACCAACUGAAGACGCUGCAGCGCAUUUGAAUUUUCCGUUGCAAAUUCGCGCCCAGAAGCCGUGUCCAUUCUUCACCGAGAAAUCCUCGACACAGUGCACUUCGGUGCAUUUAUUCGGCGGCCUGUACUGCCAUCGCUUUCAGGAACGAAAAGAAAAACAUGUCUUGUAAUUUUUCAGGUGAGGUAAAGUGGCCGGCAAGUGGCAUUCCCGGGAUUUGUUAGUUAGACUCAAAUUAAGCUCGCCCACGCUCUGAAAUGUGUUACGAAAAUAUCAUCGUGGACCAAGAGAACUUUUACCUGUGGUGCCGGGAAUCUGUAGUCGAUUUCAUCUGCAGAGCGCCACCGAUUGUAUGAAGUUUGCGUCAUAUUGAGGCGGCCUUUUGUAAGGUUUUAGAUCGCGCUUUCUCUUAUUAUGGGCGUUGUUCACCAACUUGGUUUUUUUUUUGGCUUUAUCUUGUUUGGGUCUAUGUUUGGAGGGAGUGUAGUUGAGUGGAGUGAAUUAUUAAUUAAGGUUUUUAUAAGUAGUCGAUUUCAUUUCAAGCAAAAACAUUUUCCAGGAGUUGAGCAUAUAGUUUGCCUUUGUACUUUUGUUAAUUUCAUUUAACUUUCUUCUGGGUAACAAGAAAAGUUAAUUUUGUGACUGUAUCCGGCUCUAAAAGGAACGACUGUAGGUAGAAUUUUCUGUCAGAAGAAAGCUUCAGCCUACCUUUGGCUAUUUAUUUCCAGCAAUAUGUUUAUCUCUGUGCUUCUCUGUACGCUAUUCGAUACGUAAAAUAUAUAAUCUUCUGUUCCUGUUUGCAGGUUCCUGGCUAUAUUUUGGUCUCCUUGUAUUGUAUUGCUUUUUUAGCUUUAGGUUGGUUCGUUUUAAAAAUCUAAUCUCGUCUGCUUCUAUUUCCCGUUUCAGAUUUAAGACCGUGAAUACGCCGGGACUGGUUUAGCGUUUCUGGGCGAGUUUUCUUACGUUUUUCUCGUCGCUUCACUGUUAUCCAUAACGUUAUGAUUAAAGGAUUGCAAGUUUUCUCCCUCUGCAGCAACGAUGAUUGAACAUGGACUUCAGCUGGAUAUUUUCUGAGGUAAGGUCUGUGGAGAAACGACUUUGUUUUGCUUAGGAUUAAAAUUAUUAAAGGGCGAGCAGCCUAAAACAAUAGCUGGAAUAAACAGGUUGCAGCCCUUUAAGUUACAUCCGUAUUUUUAUAUCUUAUUAUCCCGAGCUUUUAAAGGCGAAUACUUCCUCUCGUGGUCUUUGAUCGAGCAGUUGUUUUGAAAUCUCAGCCGGUUAAAAUCUACCCACACUUUGUCGAAAAACAUUCUGAUACGUUGGUGUGAAACAGAUUAAUUUCAUGGAGAAAUUCAAACUGUUUUUAAUGGUUGUCUGGAAGUUGACUUAAGCUUAACCAAAAGACUUAAAAUGUUGUCGUAAAUGACAAAAUGAAAUGUGAAUUUUUGGUUAACCAAAGGCUACUUUUCCUGAAUGUAGAAAAUGUCUGACCUAUUUUAUAUCUAGAACGGCAAUAUUCUGGACACAACCUGCUAAUUACUUUAUUUAUGCCACAACCAUCGUUUUCUGUCUCUUAAUGCAACGUGUGAGAUGAAAAUAAACACUUAAUGAUAGGGCAUAAUCUAGCAAUUUUUCUUUCACAAGCUGCAAUUUGCAAAAUUUUUUCCAAUUUCACAAAUCUCAGAUGAAAUUAUAAGCAAACUUCUUAUGAAUCCGAAUCAAUUCAGUUUUUGUUUGUACUGCUCCUGAUUGCUCGUAGUCAAAAGAUCCUGUCGGGCGGAGGUUUUGAAUCCCUGUGGAGAUAUUCACAUUAUGUUGAAUGUGUGGCUGCAUUAACGCAGUGUAUGCUAGUGUUUGAUUAGAAGUUUGAAGGUUUAUCAAAUGGGCUGCCAUAUCUAAAGCUGUUCUUCCGUUUUGCCCUAGUGUUGCUUACUUCCAUUAAUCUUUUCAUUCCCUGCUCAUUCUGUACCUUUACAAUAUCAAUUUUCUGCGUGCUAACUCUACUGAAAAGUAACCUUCACCUUGAAAUCAAAACCGCCUCUUAUUUAAUAUUCAUGGACAUUUGCAUUUUGUCAAAUUCUUGAUUGCAUGCAAUUACUGCAAGCUUAAGUGUGUAGUGUACAGUUAUCCUUUGUUAGGAUGUACAGAUAAGCUCUAUAAAUUAUGCUUUUAUAAGAGAUUAACAUUGUCUAUAGUUUUGAUACAGACGAAAACUGAUUAGGUUUCCAUGCCUUUUGAACAGCAGUGAUUUGGUUGUUUUGUGGUUGAGGACUUGAAGUGUAGAUUUUUAGUUUGUGAUUGGUCCAGCUCUUAUUUGGAAAUAGCCAUGUUUAAAGUUUGCUACAAUUCAGGUAUUUAUUUUCAAAAGGUAACUGGCCAAUUUUGUUUCAAUUUGCCCGAAAAGCAAACGUGUGUCUUACAGUAGGCACAUACACCUUAUUCCAAAAUGGCGAAGGAUUUAUUAUUCUUUUAUAUUUAUGUUAAUUAGCCCACGAUGCCUCAAUUCCAGCUAGCAAUUCUUUUGAAUUCCCAAGAUGCAAUUGAGACAUCAAGGGCCAAUUAACAUAACUAUAAAAGAAUAAUAAAAUUGUUGGCAUUUUGGAAUAUGGUGUAUUGAAAUGUGGGAGUGGAGUUAGAAUGGUGCAGUCAAAUUUUAUUCUUUGGAAACAAACCCUGAGUGUAGCCUGAAAGAAAAAAAGCCGUCUCUCCUCUCUCCGCAUUGCUAGGGACAUUUUGCUAGGAGGGGCAUCUGUUCCUCAGCAACAGAAAUUCCAUACUGAUGACUUAAAUCAAUGUUUACAUAAUUAAUUCAGUAGCCAUGAGGUUCCAGAUGUAAAUUUUUUUUUAUUUUAUGUUUCUCCUGAUCGAUUAUUGUAAUGUUUUGUGUUCUUCUGCGAACAAGCUCCAGCAAAACUCAAUUUUUUUUUUCUAAAGAAGAAUAUAUUCCAUGAAUAGUUGGUUUAUCGCGUUUACUUUAGACCUUUGUGGCCUUUUGUCUUUCGUGAACGACAGCGAAAACAAUGUAACUACUACAUUGACCAAUCAGUGCCCCUGACCAGUUGCUGGACAGAUUUUACAUCAGUAAGAAAUUUCUAUCACUCAGGUGCAGACAUCCCUCCUGGCAAAGCAAUGUAUUUGUAGGCUACCUGAAUUGGGUUUUUUGAUAAAACUAUGGUAACAGUGUGCAUUAUACUUUCUGAAACCUUGACUUUAUUUGAGACCAAAAUGUGUGAUUUUCCCCACCCUAGCCUUUUACACACCGCAACCAUGGUGUUCAAGAGAUAAAUAAGAAAAAAAUACUUACAGACCCUGUUUCCAUAAAAUGCAAGGGUUUAUAAACAAAAUUUUACAGUAAUAUUGUAAUUUCAAGCUUUGAUGGUCUCUUUGUAAAAUUUUGGGCUCUUUUUUUGCACAACUUUGGGUUCUGAAUUUCUGUACUUCUAAGGUACUCAUUUGAGCAUUGCUCAAGGUACAGACUGUAGAAUGAAAGAGAUAUAAAAUGGUUCAUACACCCAGAGAUUUAUCUUUUUUUUUGGGGGGGGGUCAGUUACUGUGACAAGUGUUUCAUUCCUGCCUCUACCAUUUUAGUUUAUGGAAGAGAAUAAAAAGGCCAGAAAAAGCGCAAUGGUAAUUUUUUUUAUUGUUGGGUCUCCUCUUAGUCUUAUACCGAGUUUUCAAAAGGCUUGCUGCAGUUUUCCUGAAAGAUAAUUAGGUAUGGUAGGAAAAUUCUCUCUGCUGUCAUUUGAUGUAAUAUGCAUGAAAUACGUGUACAAAUGUAUUAUAAUUGGUGCACUUAGAGUAUUGAGGCAAUUUUAAGCCUCCUUGCUGAGAAGCAUUUUGUAUUUAAGAGAUGACAAUUUUACCAGAAACUUCCAAAAGCUGUUGGAUUUGGUUCAAAACACAUCUGAGGUUGUAUUGAAAGGAUUUUGUGAAAGAGAUUCAAAGCUGUUUAAUUGGCCAUCAUAUAAAAAUUCCAAGGGUUAUUUGUCCUUAUCUACAGGAAGGUCUCUCAAGUGUUUAUUAAAAUAAGGGUAUAUGGACCGCUUUUUUGAGAAGAUAAGUGUACAUUUAUGUGUCAUCCCAUCACAAUAUGUUAAAUCAAACCAACCAACAUUACCGGUAAUAUUAGCAUUCUGUUCCACCAAGAUUAUUUUCUAGAAAAUUCUGUGCCUAAGGUUGAACAUGUCUCUAUUACUUAUUUAAAAUGUUAGAACAUAGAAUCUGAUUAUCUGAAUCAUUUCCACUCUUCACUGCAGACAUGAAAAAGAUUGUCCAACAUUUUAAAGUCGGUGCUCACUUAACGUCCGCAGUUUAAUUUGAUUUCUAGCCUGCUUCAACGGGACUUUGUUAGCUGAGUUGCAGAUUAUAUUCAUUCUCUUUUGUGGUACGUUGUUACGGUUUUCGCAUAUGUAACUUAUUUCGGUUCUAAAGGUAAAUAAUGUAAUGACAUCAGAAGUGCUUGUAGAAAAAAUAUAUGGUAAGGCUAAGAGUCUAGUUUGUGGACAGUCACAGCAUUUUAGUAUUCUGUGGUAUAUAUUCUUGAACAUCUUCUAAGGAUAUUGGCAUAGGUCUACUCAGAUUUUUAUUUCAAACCAAACAUAAUGUGUCACACCAUUUUUCAGGGUAAAAUAUUACCACUAUGCAUUCACUUCGAUAAUGUUUAACCCUGUUUACAAAAUUAAAUAAACAGAGUACACUGUCCUAUAUUCAACACUUCGUUUAAGGAGUUAUCUAUCAGAUUUUACAAGCCUUCCAAAGAUUUUCCUAUUUUUGUAACAUGUCUAAAUUUAGUUGUAGUGUGUAUGUACCUUUAAUAUAAGGUUACUGCCACCAUAAUAUUGGUCAACAUACUCUCAGUGAGCACUUACAUCCCUGUAUGUUGAAAGUUAGUUUUUAAUUUAUAAAAUAAAUAUCGAUAUUGUUAAGGGUUUGUUAUUUAAAUUAGAGUCAUCUAUUAUUAUAAGGACAGUUGUCGCUUCAACUUAGUUUUAUGCCUUAAGUCACAUGGCAUGAUCUUUCAAGUGAAACCUCCCAGCAGUAAACCUUGUAAGGUAUUAUUUGUUAUCAGUAAAUUUACAGGAAUACAUUGUGUCCUUUCUUGGAGCUAGCAUUUUGGCACCCUACAAUUUUGUAGCAGUGACAGUGUUCCAUGUUUGGAUGUUUUGUUUGUUGUCCAUUACUGCCGGAGACAAUCCUCUCCACAAAAACUACUUGACAUUUUAUUUUCUUAAUCAGUAAUUUAGUUACCCCUGCAUCCUGCCUCCUGCAUCCUGCAUUCCCAACACAUAAAAUCCCUAAAGAUGCAAGAUAAUUGAAAGUGCAUGUCCUCAGCGUGCAGAGAAAGGCAUAUCCUAUAGCCCAAGGCUGGUUAAUUGUAUGUUACAGGCUAGUGAAUUCUGUUCUUUACUUCCCCGAUGGGCUAGUGAAUUUUUGGGGGGAAUUGAAAUUAUAGAACUGUAAUCAAUCCUGCUCAUCCAAAAAUGUUUCCUAGCUGGAAAUGCUGUAAAAUGGACUUUUUUUGCUGCCUGGUCCACACAAAUACUCCAAUAAAAUCUUUGAUUUUUGGACUGGGGCUAGUGAUUUUUCUUGCUACUAGUCAUGGGACUCAUCAUCAUGCAGCUGUAGCAAUUUGAAAUAAACAUACUGCUCAAAACAAUUACUUACUCAAACUUAAGGUUCCGUUGCACCAUGUAGCUGUAAUAAAAUACAUUUGUAAGGUUUUAAAGAGGUAGAAGUUUUGUUAGAAAUGUUAGGCCCAGGUCAGUCAACAAACUUUUCAUAAGCCAAACCUAAUUCGAAUUGAGGCCAACCUAAAAUAAUUAUUUAGACAGGCUGAAUUGAUUCAGACGCCGAUCAUAAUAGCAGCUGAAGUAAGUUCAACUCGCAAAAAAUGCUCAUUUUGGUCAAACUGUUUACAAAAUAGGUUAUAAUAAUUUAUGCAUAAGGUCCGGUACAUGAAAAUUUCAGCGUCUGAAUUGAAGCUGUUGCAAAGACGCUCCAAAGACGAAAUUCCCAGCUUGGCUAGGCAAAAGGAACAGCUGAGCUGUUCCAAAUUGAAACAGGCGUUCCUAAUUGAUUGAGGCGCCAAACUUUUCAGGUACUUGAUUCAAUGUAUUAGGUUCGGCUCAUGAAAAGUUUGUUGUCUGAACUGGGCCUUCGACGUCAUGAAUAAUUUGCAUACAGAUCAUUCAAGAAAGAAACAUGAUUACUUGUAGUUUAUAUUGCCCCCCACCCCUUACCUGUACUCCUUAUUGGUCUGGACCUCAGUUGAUGGGAAGUGUUAAUGCUUGUUUGCAUUUUGCUCUGGUAUAGUGGAGGAAUUAAGACCAAUCCAGCCAUAUUUAGGUCUUACCAGCUAUUGGGUUUUCAUUAAGGUCUCGGUAAAGGAAAACGAGGUGCCCACAGAAAAAAAUUCUAGUCGCGCGAGUAUUUUCGCUACAAAGGCAAGUUAUAUAUCAAAUUAAAGCUAAAAGACUAAAUUACCUUAUGAAAGAUUUUAUUUCAUCGAAUUUCAAAAGGCGCUUAAGUUUUUUGCUCUCGAACUCAGAGGUAUCGAGUUUACUGCUGAAGCUCCAGCCCUUUCGCGUUGUUAAAUAUUCACUUCCUUUUUAUUGCAUCUGAUUGACAGAUAAAAGACCUAAAAAAGGGUGUGAGGAAAUUUGCAUAUGUCUCGUAUUAGCGGAAUUAUUGCAUUUCAAACUAAAAAGUCGAAUAUCGAGCGCGAUUUACGCAAAGAAACUGGCAUAAAAUGAGUUACAAAGGGAAAUCGGAAAAUUCCUCACACCGUUUUUGAGUCUAUAUCAUUAUCCAUCAUAUCUGAAAGUUUCAAAGUGAUAGCUUAAAACCUGUCCCGACUGGAGGUCGGAGAAUUUUGAUUUUUGCGUCUAAAAUAGAGUGAGAGAAAAUCAGCUCUAACGAUUUAGCGCGAGGUCCACGCUUGGCUGGUUAGCUCAGAAAAGGCUCAUUUUAGAAGGGUUAAAAAGCACUUUCUGAUUUUCUUUUUCUUCCAAAAUAAAAUUUAGGACCCACUCAUGCCAAAAAUCCCAAAAAAACAAAAUCAAGCAAUGUACUAAAAUUUUCAUUUACCGAGACCUUAACCAUAGCCCCUUGUUCCUAACCUUGUUUGUCUAUUUUGAGACUUCAAGCUAAAAAGUGCAUAUAAAUUUUGGACAUCCUGCCAGUUUAUGUAUAAUAAAGCAUAACAAUAUCUUCUGCUUACAGCUGUAUGUAAGAUUUGAGAGGAGGUUGCUCUGUGCAAGUCUCACUAUGAGUACACUGUAUGCCUAAGAUUAUACCACUGUCUACCGACAAGACAUCGCUAAGAAAAAACAAUACAAAAUAAAUGUACUUGUUCCACAAUAAGCUAGGUGUAUCAGAGGUUUCACUUUGUACUCGAUCAUCAACCAAAGCACAGUACAUGCACAAGUUACCAAAAGAGAAAAAAGUGCAAAACACCAAAUAACCAAACUUGCAUGUUCAUGUACAUCCCGUUGAAAGGAGCAGAAGUGACGUGUGUCACUAGAGUGCUUAUAUUACUACAGUCACGCCUGUGUACAACGGCCACCUUUGGGAAAUGGCAAGGUGACAGUUAUAUACAGGGUGACAGCUAUAUACAGGUCAACUUCGCAGAAAAUAUAAAGCAACUGAAAAUUUUGGGAAAUUUUCUGGUGACUUUAAGAUACAGGGUGACCGCUAUAUACAGGGCCGUUAUAUACAGGUUUGAAUGUAGUGUGAUCAAUUUUAUCAGAAAUAGUGUUAGGCAACACCCAAUAAAAAGAGGACAGCAUGCAAAUGAGGUAGUUAAUAAGCCCUCUGUACUCACCUUGCAGUUCUACCGCUAGUGUACAUGUACUUUUUCUAUUCACAAAGUUUUUUUAGGCUUGAUUACCAGCUGUUGUUCGGGAAAUGAUUCCACACUCCUCCCACAAAAAGACACUUGGAGGGGGGGGUUUGCUAUUACCUAUUUCCACCAACACUCAUCCAGCCAUUUCUUCUCUGGGAGCAACAAAACCAAACCCAAGAGAGUGGCAGAAAGUGAAAAGAAAACUUCUUGUUUUGCAAAAAAGAUGCUAUCCAAGUACAGAAUUUUUUGCCUAAAAUAUCAACUUCAGUGACAAAAACUUUGUUUGUAAACAUUUUCCAAGUUUCUGCCGUCCAUCAAGGAAACAGACUAAACAGAGAAUUUGUUAAAAGAUCAGUGGAAGCAUUUUCUUGAUGAUCAUUUCAGUAUUUCUCAUAACCAUUUCUUUGAUAAUGUAUUGUUAUUGUCAGGAGAAAAUUAAUGUUUAUCACUCUUGUGUUGGACCAGCAGGAACAGGCCCUUUGUAGGUGGUGAGUCAUGUGGUACAAACUGCUAUGCCAGGACGCUGAAAUGCAGUGGAACAAGACUGACAAAGAAGUAGCCAUAAAUAAUAUAUAAAUAAUAAAUAAUAUUUUUUCUGGUUCACUUCUUGUCUGUCCUACAGUGUAGCAUGGCAUGCAGUGUUUUACCAUGUGGCUGAUCACCUGCUGGCAGGCACGUUGGUGUUUGCACCUGAACCAAAAUGUUCUCUUUGUUGCCUGUUUUUUUUUGUCACUCACAACAAAUUUCCGGGUGCUAUAACUUAAGAGCACUUGUUAGCAUUUUAUUUCCUUGAGAAGUAUGCAACUGCCAUGUUAUUAAUCUUCUAAGGUUGUAGAAUUUUUAGUUGUGGCUUACAUUGGCUUCUGUGGUGUUUAAGGAGUUUCAUUUAAUCAAGAUGUGAGUGACUUUCCAUCAUCACUAAAAUGUCUUAUUCCUUGUAUUUUUUUUUCACUGUUUAAACAUUUUAUGUUAGGGAGUUAAUACCAUUUCCUUUCAUUCAUGGCAUGCAUCCCAUAGGACAGAAAGAUUGAUCAAUCAAACUGAAGAGGUUUUUGUAGAAGAAUCGUGUGAUUUCUGUGGCUGUUGUUUAUUAAUGAUGCAUUUAUUAUAGUGUUUUUUGUGCUUUACAUAGAAAGACUAUAAUUAUUUCAAUUAAAUUAUAAAUUUUAUAUUUAUAUUAAACUGUGAUAAAUAAUUUUGGAGUCUGUCUUCCAACUAACUGUCUGGUUGCAUAAAGGCCCUUGAAGCAUUUUCAAUUUAUGACUCACUGUGUUUUGCACUGGGACUCAUGAUUUUUCACAAGAGGAGUCCCAGGACUCACCUUAAGUGCAUUUGUAACAAAAUCACCGAUCAUUCUUACUUGGCUGACAUGAUUAUGAUUAUUGGAUGGGCUCUUAAACAGUUUCCAUCAUUCUUUGUGUUCCUUUGCUAAAGAAUCAGAAUAACUGAUUUCUUGUCACAGAAAAAGUCGUUAAGAUUGUUAGUUUUCCAUCCAUGGAGGAAGCUAAACUACCACUUUAUGUACCACUGCUACUACUACUUGACCAAUAAUCUUUUUCCUAUGAAAUGUUGUGAUUGACCAGUAAUAUUAAUUUACGACUAGUAUUUCAGUCUACAUGUUUGUACAUUUACUCCAAGACAAAUGAAAUGUUUGAAAGUUGUUAAUUUUUGCCACUAAUAUUUCCAUAGAUAGGGAUGUGGAGAUUUGCAAUAUUGUGGUGUAGGGUAAUGAAAUGUUUGAAAGUUGUAUAUUUUUCUUAGAUAGGGAUGUGGAGAUUUGAAAUAUUGUGGUGUUGGGUAUUUUUCCGUGCAAUUUAAAUCUUGAAUCGUGAUAUUACUACUGGAGUUGAUUGUGUUAAUAUUGCUUACAACAGGCGUCUUUUUUUGCUAAGAACUUGACGUGCAAGGUAUUUUUUUUAAAAUGACAAAAUCACAGCUUCGCAUCAAACAAAUAUAUUUUCCAAAGCGUGUGUAAUACAACUGUACAUUCAGCAAUUGCUUUUGGCUGGUUCCUAACACUAGGCAGUUUUUUAAGUCUUAAUUUCAUGCUGUUUUUUUUUCUUUUUCCACAGCAUUGUUUUUUCAGAUGAUGGAUGAAAGAUUCCCUAUUGAUAAUGGUACAAAUAUGACAAACCACCAGGAAGACGGCACCCAUACUUCUGUUGAGGUCUAGUAUUUCAUGUUGUUGUGUGGCUUAGGGCUUGAACCACCAAGUUAAGGUAUUUGAACUGCUAUAAAGUGAAAAAUUGAUCAUGCUUAUAAAUUCGCUUAUUUGAAAAGUACUCAUAACCUGAACUCAAAUUCCAAAAAUGAAGCAUUUUUGUUAAAUAGAAGCCAGUAAAAUAAAGGCCAAAGUUGGUAUCGAAGAGCGUUAUGUUGGAAAUAUUAAUAAUCACAGGGCUGAAAUCUGAAAAGGUACUUUCCAUUGUUGACAGAAAUAAUGCAAUUUUGACAACCCGACACGCUAUAAUGUAUUAUGAGUUUCAAGUAAGCUAGCACAAAUUAUAGCAAAAUUUGCUUACCUUCUACUUUUGUUUUCAUUUUGGGCAAUUUUGGGGCUGCGUUGGACAGCACUGAAAACAAAUUACUGUAAAAGAUGAGGAUUUAUUAUACCAUGCUGAAACUUGCCAGGUUUAUUCACAUAAUGUUAAGGAAAAAAAUCUUAAAUUCCUGCCAAAGGGGGUAGAUUUUGGAAUUUUGGGCGGCAGUCUGAAGUUACAGGGCAUUACCAAAAAAUUCCAUCUCUAUAUCUUGGGAAAAAAUUGCCAGGCUUUGUUGGGAACUUACAGGUAAAUGAACAAUCUAAGUUUAAGUCAGUUCCAAUUUUUUUUAUUCCUGGCUAUCGAGGGAACUCCUGAAAUAUGCAAUUAUUGUUUUUUUGAGCCUGCAAUAUAAAUCUGAAAUAACACCGUAGGUGUAAAAAUUAACUCCUCAUAUAUCAAUUUUCUGAAAGUUCAGCUCUCACUUGACAGACCUAUGUAAUUUUCAUUUUGCAAAAUUCUUUAUUAUUAAUUAAAUUUAAGAGUUUAUAGCAGAUCUGAUACCUUAAGCUAACGUGUUCCCACCAUGCAUGAGCCAAUGCGAGGUCAAAGUUAACUACCACCAUCUUUAGGCCAUUAAAAGUAGGGUACCGCCUAGCUGUUUUGAAUUAUGAAAUGAUAAGUGUAAUUUCUUUUGCCUGACAAUCUCCCAGAAAUCACUCAAACACUUAAUAAAUUAUUAUAAGUAACUCUUUGCUACUUUAGAAAAAGUUAGGAUUUGUCAGUUUUGAUUGUUCAUCACUUGCCUUGUGGCAACACCAGGCAUUUGACUGGUCAUGUAAAAGUAUCUUCGACCAGGAGGUAUCAGGUGUUUUAUAGGUUUGAAGAAUGAGAAAAUGAAUGACUUUGUUCAGGACAGAAGAAAGUGGUUGUAAUUAUGGAGCAGUUUUAGGGCAAGGUUCCUAGGUAAUAAUGUCCAUCUCUUUUCUCAGAAAUCUAAAACCCCAGUUGUUACCACUGCUGAGGUGUCCAGCGACGAGAGCACAAAGGCAGAUUCCCCUGAGCAGCCUCAAGCUGUCACCAUGGCAACACAACCCAAGGCUUCUUUGAGUACGGUCCAUGUGCAGCAAAGUUUUCACAGUACGCGUACGUCAAUUCCGGUUCUCACUCAUUCAGUUUCUGAGGUAAAACUGAUGUCAUUUUAAAAUGAGCAUUUCAAUAAGUGUAUUCUCAGGUGCCACUUUACAAUGUACUGUACUACUCAAAAGUAAGCUACUACUCUCUUGUGAGAUGAGACUCUCCGACAUUACAAGAGAUGAGAGUCUCAUCUUAGGGGACAAAAGUCUAUGCCCCUAUGGCCAUCCCCUUUUUUUCUCCAUUUAGCGUCAACUGACCCAAAUUUCUGGCAUUUUUCAAAAAAGGCAUGAUGUAGUUAAACCCUUUUUAACUUUAAUUAAUUUUUUAAAUCUAAAAAUUGAGCUUUGUAACAGCAUUUCCAGGCAUGGAGGUUUCGGCAGUCUAUCAUUUUUAAUUUUUACUGUAACAUCGACCAUCAUAUUUCCCUCCAUCAGAGAUGCCAACUUCUGGAAAUCUAAAAUCUGGAGACUCUCUUCUUUUAGAGACUCUUCUUUUACAUUCACUCAUUAUUUGUCAUCACAGGUUUCUGUUUAAUGUUCCUGAACUAUGAAGCUUUAGAAACAAAACAUGUGACUGCUAUCCAUUAUUGUGAUAAUGACAGAGCUUUCCUUUUUCUUGCAGCCCUCUCACCACCAUCCUCGGAAAACUCUUGUGCGAAGUACUGCUGUGACAACUGUGCCUUCACCCCCACCCCCACACUACCCAGAUGAGGUCACUGAGGUACUUAGUGAAUCAUGUUAGUGUGUUGUGUGCCAUAAUCUCCAGUGAUCAAUAGAGUAGGGUCACUAAAGCAAGAGAACAAGACACUAGACAGGCAUUAGAGACUGAGGUUCACUUUCUAAUUAAGCAUAUAGGAUAAAAACUGGAAGCAAAAGGAGACAUUUUGUUAGGCUGCAAGAAGCACAAAAAAUUCUGUUACACAAUGUUUUCCAGAGGAAGAAAGGCAAUGACCCAGGGAUAAUAGAAGAGAAGGAGUGAUUGUGUAAGAAAACAAGUACUACACUGUAGAAUUUGGCACAAAAAAUAUUAGUAACAAUCAACAGUGAUUUAGUGAAAGAGAAACAGGUAAGUAAAAUCAUAGAAAGUUGAUGUUUCGCUCUCAUUGCAACCCUAUUAUCAAACUAUCGACAGCACUGUAAGUAACAAAUUAUGCGUGUGUAGUUAAAUAGUUCAGAGUCUCAAAAAAUUGGCUUUCUAACAAAAGGAAAUCCUUUACACAAACACUUAAGCACCAACAGAGUCACCUUGCACAUUGAGAGAUGGCUUAAUAAUGGUAAAAGCAGAAAGAUUAGAUCCUCUGCUAUUCUGUCAUUUUGUUACGAUCAAUAAUUAUAAUGUCUUUAAAAAGUAAGUUGACUGUUGCAAAUCUCCAUUUUCAACUCAUUUCUCUAUACACAAUUCCUGCAUCACAAGCUAGCAAGUGCAUGUACAGUGUAGUUAAAUAAUACGUUUUUGUUUUGUUUUGUUUGUUUGUUUUUUUUUUUCAAUGAAAGCACUUUGUUUUAUUUACCAUGGUCUCUUGUAAUCUUCUACUAAGUAACAGAUUAUUCUUUCUUUGCUAGGGGACCCCACCUUACAAGAACACAAGUUUUGAUUCCAGCGAUAGUGGAAUAGCUGGAGAAUUGCCGCCAAGACUGGAGGCUCUUGCCAGAGCCUCUAAACAGAGUUCGCUUUCUAGAGGUACAGUCUAAGAAUGUUUUGGCUUGGCAGUGGUGUUGAGAUUGGAGAGAUUUUUAGUACUCAUCUUCGUGACUUCUCCUACAAAAGCAUUAACCAUGAAUAAUUCUUUUGUUUUCUUUGCUAAUUAUUAUAAUUGUUUUUGUAUUCUUGCAGAUGGUUCUUUUGAAUAUACAGAUUCUACUGGAACAGAUCUCCAUGAUUUUAUUAUAAAGACUUUAAAAAAUCCCAGGUGGGCAUACACUCCUUUCUUUGAACUUUACAAAAAGAGCAUUUUACUUUCCUCCUGUUUUCUCGUUUUCAAGAAGACCAAAAUUGAAGGAAUAGAAUGUGAUGCAGUAUUUAAAACCUCUGACAUGAUUUUUUACGAACUGUUAUAAGAACUUUGCAUUGCAUAAACAGCAGCACAAAGAAAUGCUGCUUAUUCAGUAGACUUUGAUUUAAGUAUUUAAAUGGAAAAUGGUUAAAUUGAAGGAUUUCAUUCUCAGACUAAACCCUUAAGCCCAAUAAUGAUCAACAUCAAUUUUCUCCAUGUAAUAUCGAUGCUGAACAGAGUGGUCAGAAGAAUUCAAGACAUGACCAUUCAAGAUGAAUUUUAUUGAUAUUUUAACACCUCGUCACUAUUCCUCACUUGAAUAAUAAGAACAUAAAUUUUGAUAUUAGGAUUUAAAGGGUUAAAUAAGUGUUAAUAUUGCAGACAGUGCUACAGGAAACUGCACAUAGUUUUCACUUGAAGAGACACCAACAUGACUUUAAAACACUACUUUGAUUUUUCAUUCAUGCCGCAGGGGCGUAGCCAGCUUUUCAACAAGUUGUAAGCCUGGCUGACUUUCAUUUCCACAUAUCCUGAAAAUUCCACGCAUGACUAGUAUGUACUGACCUCACCAAAUUAGCUCACCUCAAUAACACCUAAUUUAUUACAAGUGGUAGAGUGAUCAAACCAAAAAUUUGUAGGCCCUGGCCUAUAGGUCUAUGGGCUGGCUACGCCCCUGCAUGGGAAUGAUUGGUUCUUCACUUUGCGCCUUUAAUAAAUAUGGAGUAACUAAGGAGGCAGCAUGGUCAAGCAGUUUGAAUACCAGGCCUGUAAUCUGGAGGCCCCAAGUUCAAGUCCUGCUGUGGGCCCAGUUCCUUGAAAGAUGGUUAAGUCUAAUCCGAGAUUAAGCCAAAUUUUAGGCACAUUUUUCUUGUCUAAGAAGAUGUAACUCAAGCUUACAAAAUACUGUUGAGCCUUUACUCUGAGAUGAAGUAAUGAUAACACGAAAUGUUACUCCAAGCAAUGCAUAGAAACAUAAAAAAUUAAUACAAAAUCGGAACAAAAUUUUUAUCCCGGAUUAGUGUUAAUCAGCCUUUCAGGAACUGGGCCCUGACCACUAGCUGGAUUUGUUCUCAGUGGUCCCGAGUUCAAAUCCUCAGCCACGCUUGUAAAUAGCCAACCGGUUUGCCUCCUGCCAGUUGGGAUUCUUCGCCAUAUUAUAUUUUGUUUGAAUAAUAAAUUAUUAUUGGUUCAUUAUCUCUGAAAAGCCCCAUAGGGGAGAGUUUAUUAAGCAUUCAUUCAUCCAUUCAUUCAUUCAUCUUCUGUUCUUUUUUUUCCAAUUUGUAGGGAUCGCAAAUUUCUAAUGAGACUAGAACAGGACUUCCUUAAUUUUAUCCAAGACCCAGCGUAAGUAGAUUUUCUGCAUAUGUUGAACACUUCACUCACUCUGUUCUUAACAAGCCAAACUUGUUACCAACAGUAUAAGGUGAUUGCCAUAUUAUUUUGAACUCUUUUUACUGCCAUUCCAGCAAUUUUUUAUACUGUAAAAUUGACAUGAUACGUUAAAACCUGUAUUUAUUACACACCAAAGUGAUCUGACUGAUGUCUGCUUUAACGGUUUCCACUCAAUCCUUAAGCUUAGGGCGCACCCAGGGUGUCUGCUUAAUAAGGGUCCACCAAGAGCCCACAACCUAGAGUGAGCAUUUUGCUUGUGCCCAUGCCAGCAACAGCUUUUUUGCAAACACGUUUUUUUAGAUCAAUUAAUUUUACUUUGAAUUUCGAGUAUGAAAUAAGAAAAAAAUAAACUAGAGACCAGGCUCCAGUUGUUCAAAAGGUGGAUAUCGCCAUUCUGUGGCUAAGUCUCUACCAUGUGGAUAAUGCAAUUGGUUUUCCUAAUGAUUAUAACUGGAUAGUGAUUUAUCCGGUGGAUAGCACUUAAUCCACCUUCUUAACAACUGGGGCGAGAAAAUAGUAUUAUUUGUGAUGUUUUGAUAACAUUUACUUUCAUAUAUCAUGGUACAAAUUUGCACACAUAAUAAAUAAUGCUUUAAUUUUUGUGAAGAAGAGUACUUCUAAACGUAGCUAGAAGUGAUCUGUGAAAACACUGUUGCAUAGGCUAAGCAUGGGAGUUGCUAUUUCCCUUUAUGGCUUCCAUGUCCACAUAACACAGGUUUCACUUUCCUUUAGUGAUGUGAGAAAGUGGAUGCGUAAGCAGCCUGUAAAAAAACUGAAGGCUUCAGAUAUCAUUUAUUUUUCCUCAAUUUUAAGGUUACUCUCUCCUUUUCAGAACAUUGUGCUAUGUUUAUAUUUCUAUUUGUCAGCAGCCUCUUCCUUCAUUACCCACCGAUGACAUCAUACCAUCGCAUGAUUGUACACAGAGUGGCAGCAUACUUUGGUAUGGAUCACAAUGUUGAUCAGCAAACUGGAAAAUCGGUCAUCAUAAACAAGACUAUAAACACUAGAAUGUGAGUAUCUUUGCUAUAUCUGAAUUAAAACUCAGUUUGUUGCUGAUUGAUUUAGUGUUCUAUAAUUAACUGUGCAGCCCCCAUUUGUGUUUUCAUAACCUGUGUGGUGGAGGGUGUCCUAAGGGAAGAGAGAAAUCAGGGUAUAGGAGGUGCCAAUCAAUUGCAAUUACAUGAAAAAUGUUGCCUGUUUAGUUCGCUAUGAGUUUGUGAGGUGUUGCUGCUGGAAUAUUGGCAGAAUUACCCAGUCUUGGUUGAUUUUCAUUUAUUAAUGUAAGCGCUCAUUUUAUAGCCUCCCACGCAAACGUUCUUAGGGGUUCGUCACGCAAUCUCUCCUCCCCCACGAACGUUCGUUCGUUCGUUCGUUUCUAAUUUUGGGGGGCAUAACUUAACUGAAACAGAAGGGACAAGUGGCCUUUAUGGUCAAAGAAACCAUCUGGUACUUUGCAGAUACCUACAUGACCUAGUAAUAAGUUGUAAUUCACUUUGCUUUUUUGAGUACUUUCCAGAAAAAAUGUUGUUACUGUUGGUGCUUAUUUGCAGACCUGAAAGCAGAUUUUUAGAGUUAAUUCCAAGAGAAGAAUCCGAGGACUCUGAGAGUGCUGUUCCGAGGUUAAUUCUCAGAAGACAAAAUACACCUUCAGAUGAUAGUACACCUCCAAAGGUAAAUGUUGUUUAAAAUUGAUUUUAUAAUACAGUGAAACCCCCUCUUACAGCCACCUCGUUAAUACGGUCACCUCAUUAUUAUGGCCUCUUUUUUCGGCCGCCUGACAAGAACCGCCAUACAUUUUCUUGUAAAAAUACCCAUGAUAAUACGGCCACCCCAUUAAUACAGCCAAAUUUUGGGGGGCCAUCGGUGACCGUAUUAACCGGGUUCCACUGUAUGUGAUUUGUAUGUCACUGUUUUGACUAUUCUUGAAUUUGUUACAAAACACAUUAUGCCUCUGCCCUGAAAAAGAAAAAUUAUACAGAGCCCCAGAGCUCUGUUCCUUAUAUCCAGGGUGCCUGCUAUUGAGGUGUUAGGAAAAAACUGACAUUACCGUAAAUCCUCUAUUAAGCCCCCCCUUUUUUUUAGGGGAAAAAAGUUAAUAAACCCCCCUCUCUAUCCCUCCCCUAAUUAUACUUCACUAAUAAAUGAGAGACUGUAUUAGACUGUAUUAGUCAUUCACAACUUUAGAACUUCAUGUGGACCGAUCCGGGAUGGUUUAUUUGCCAACUGGAAGUUUGGAUUUGAUUCUGAACCUCAGCUGCAUGACCUCCAACCUUCUUGUUCUUGAGCUUCUCCACUUUGUAUUCUAGUUUUUUAUGGAGAACUGAUACCAUUGUCUUUUCUAAAUGAAAUAAGUCUCCCCCCCCCCAUUUCUAUUAAUUCCCCCCCUCAAAUGGCCUUGAAAUAAAUAAGCGCCUAGGCUGCUUAAUAAAGGAUUUACGGUAUUUCAUCGUUGCAAGAGUGAUUUAGUAGGAGUGGGGACAAUGUUAGAGCUAAUAGAGGAUGGCUGUGUAUUGUGGAUACAUUUGUAGCUGAUCAUUGGCACUGGAAGCGUGUUAACAUGUUCAUGUUAUGGCAGACACAUUGUAAAUUUUGUUUGCUACGUGUAUGUAUUUUGUCGUGUUCAUAGAUUGAUAGUCCAGUUCUUAUGCAUUCUAUGGAGGAUAAACGUUCAAAAUCAAUUGAAGAAAGGGAAGAGGAGUAUCACAAAACAAGGGAAAGAAUAUUUAAUCAGGAUGUAAGUCUCUCCCAGUGCUGCUAAUAAACAAUUAUUGGAUGAGGUUUUUGUGAUAUCCGGAAUAAUAAAGGUCGAGGUAAGUGUUAUCAUCCGAGCCAAGGCCGAGGCUGAUAACACUUACUGAGACAUAUCACAAAACCGAAUCUAAUAAAUAUACAUUGUUUUGAAGAAAAUAACAACAAAAACAACUUCACAAAGAACAUAAAUUGAUAUUGUUAUAAAAUCAUGCAUUGUGUGCACAACCUACAGACUUGUCCGUUAUCUGCUAGCAGAUAACUAACUAAUCUGUAGGUUGCGCUGAUCUCUAAAAUUAGCUGUAGGCUCUUAGCCAAUGAGAAGAGAGAUAGUGAGUACAAGGUAUAAUGAUAAUAAAAAAAUCUUUAAAAUUGUUAGCCCUUUGCAUCCAAACAAUUUCAAGAUAAUUUAUAAUAAAGAGAAAAAGUUGUGAGAAAUAAUUAAGUGAUAACCUCAAGGAAAUUUUGUGUAAAGAUUACUUACAGCCUUCAUAGAUUCUUUCCUUCAGUCACAUAAUCUGCUUUUUUUAAUUCUCUCGAAAUAUUGCUUAUUUAACUUCUAUUUUGUGACAGUCAAUUUCGUCGCAGUCUUCGCAGUCUUCAAAAGAUGGUGAUUUGCUAGCACCACAACUUCUAACAAGGUAACAGUGCAGAUAUGAUACUGUAGUGAACUCCAUAGUUCUUAUUCUUGACCUUGGGAAUCAAGCUUCAAAAAAUUAAUUCCAGUCUUAAAUUCUCAUCCAUAUCACACGCCAGCGUCUAACCCUAAACAGAGAUGGAGGCGAUGGACUCUCCCUGCGAUUUUCACGUGACUAAUUCACGUGACCACACUGAGUGUUUAUUGCUGAUGAAGACUGGUCGAUGCAGUCAAAAGCUACAAGAUUAAAAUCUGAGACUUUGAGACUAGAAUUUAUGUUUUCAUGUAAUGAACUCUUGUUGAACGGGAAUAAAUGAGCGUCAGUUCUUGCCUGGGAUAACCAUUGGUGAUUAAAAUAUAUUUCUUGGUAUCUACCUGUGGGUCUGUAGUGCAACUGCAACUCCUAGUAGGGCCCAAACCAAAUCGAAAAUAGAAAAGUGACAAAUUUUGUUUUGUAAAAUACUGGAAACCUUAUUAAUGGUACCAUGUCAAGGUUCUGCGAAAUGGGUUUCAUUGUAUUGAAAACUGGUCACACCAUCGGUCACACCACACGAAUUAAAGCCAUUUGGUAUUAUUAUUAUUGAUUAUUAUUGAUUUGUUUCCUCUUCUUCAUCAUGCCCUGGAGAUCUUAGUGGAGCUUGCUUUGUAACUUGACCAAGCAUUGGGCAAAGCUUGUAAAUAAGUAGAUAAAUAAAUAAAAUAGUUUGUUAUUUCCAUAAUAAAUGACAUAAUUUCAAAUCUUUCGCCGAGGUAACAGGAUUGAGUCUCAGUCACUUCACCUUUUCAUUACCAACCCAACCUAUGAAAAAUUCAACAACCCCCAGGGCCCCGUGGGUUAUCAUCCUUCCCACUUUACGGACAGCGUACAGGUUGUCUACAUACGUAUUUUUUUGCCCGCGUGCAAACGUCUCAGGCCAACAAAGGGUAAUAGCAGACGUCUCCUCCAAGAGAUUUAAAGAAUUACGGCCGUUUUCGCCCGAAGGCGUUUGCUAGGACUUGAGUCAAUUUGCCCGAUGCAUACAACACUCUACAACAUGGUGAACCUACUUCCCCGAGAUGUUAUUUUAGUUAACCUUGGAUUUCACAUGUGCAGUCCCUGUCUUUCCAUGCUUAUUUCUUUUUCUCAGGCUUAAAGGACGACAAAUACAUAUCAGACGAAUCGACUUAGUCUGGGCAAACUGCCAUCGGGCGAAUCAGCCUUCGGGCGAAACGACCUGAUAGCGAUUUAAAUGGGGGAAACCUUUUUUUUCAGGGAGGACAUUGAUGAUGUUGAAACUGAGGUUUCUAAAGAGGAAGCUCCAGGGAGAAAUCCUAUCAGUAAAUUAGGCAAAUCCAAAUCAGAGGAAGUAGACACUCAUACUGAUCGAUCAUCUUCAGGGCCCACUGGUAAGAACUACGGUACCUUAACAUUCCAGUAAUGAGUCCCCUUCGAGUAUAAGUCUCGAAACAAGCCUCCUAUAUUAUGAAAUCAGCCAAAGGCCACUUUACAGUCGUGUGCUUUGUGCUGUAAGCUUUGAAUAGAAGCGAGGCUGUAGGUGACCUAAUUAUGUUAAAAAAAAACCUUCCUCCUUUUUAUGUACAAAUUGUGUUUAUUCUUAUGCUAGCAAGCUUUACACGUGAAAAACAAAGAGCAGUGCUCGAAAAAACUCCCUCCCGGUAAUGCGAGACAAGUGUAUUUUCUUGCUACAAUGAACAAGUGUCCAAACAACUCAUUCUCCGACAAAUAUAUUGACUAAGACGGCAAGAAGUGGCCCUGGGCAGGGAAAAUGCUAGUUGCCCAAAGGACAAGCUGGAAAUCAAUUGUUUUUUCGAGCCUUGUGAGAGGUUUAUGACAAAAAAAGGUCGCCUUGAGCCUCGCUUCUAUUCAAAGGCCAGGGCACUGAGCACACAACUGUAAAAUGGCCGAGCCCCCAGGCGAGCAACACACUAAUCUUAGCGGGUGUCCUGUUGCUAAUUAGGCGUUAAAAAUGUGGAUUUAUGUUUGUCAGGAUGGUUUUUAGCAAGUAUCCCCGCGCUCCAGCGUUGCAAUUUCAAAUCGUAACACUAUUAUUAUUGCAAAUAAUAUUUUUAUAUGACUGGGGCAGAGGAAACCUCGGCCCCUCGCUCGCGCGUUCUCGCGAGGCUCGCCUCGCUUGCCCAAAUAGGAGAGCUUGCUCGCAGGCUACAAUAAAAGGGCCGUAAUUAGCAGGUCAGGUCGUCGUUUCUCAGAUGGUGUUUUACUGCCCAGCAUCUGUUCGCAACAUUAUACUUACAAUUUGUUACCUCUAGUAUAAUUUCGUGAACGUGUUCUAAAAAUCUCUGAACAAGCUCUAUUGUCUUUAUCCAGGCAUAAGAAUUAUGACCAACAAGCCAUUCCUAAGGUCAAGCAGUAGUCCUGGUAUUAGUAAUCUAAGCAGCUCUCCCGCCUUUGAGCGUGUGUCCAACCAAUCUCGCCGAGGAUCUGAUGGAAGCCAGAGAACAGGUCGUCAUGUACCCAGCUCACAGACUGUAAUGACACCUUUGCCUUACUGGGCAGCCGAGGGCGUGCCUUUGGUUGCUCAUACUCUUCCUUCUGGUGAGGUUCAGAUGGUGCCUGUCCAGACAGUAGCUCCAGGAAUGCAAGGCAUGGUUCCAGUCAUGGCUGCUGCGCCUAGUACCACUACAACUCAACAGCCUGGUAAGUAAGAUUACGAACGCAAGGACACUUCCCAUUCAACAAAUUUGGGAAGGUCCACGUGUCUAAAGGUACGGAAAAACGGGCAACAAAAAACGUGCAGCUUGUUUUUCAACGUUGCUGCAAAACGAGUUAAAUAGCGAUGUUGUGCGUUUUACCACCCACAUAAAAUCUGUCUUGCAACAAAUCAGGUUGUUAACAGGAUUGAACAUGGGUGGUAAAACGCGCAACAUCGCCAUUAUAGCUUAACUGGACGUAAACGGCUGCGAUCAGCAUGCUACAAACCAAUGAAAAACUAUAACGCUGGUACCAGUUGUUCAAAAGGUGGAUAGCGCUAUCCAUCGGAUAAAUCUCUGUCCAGUGAAUAGGACAAUUGGAUUCCCUGAUAUUUAUCCAGUGGAUAGUGAUUAAUCCGGUGGAUAGCGCUACCCAACUUUUGAACAACCGGAGCCUGGUUAACAAACCCAAACAGGAACUUCGGCGAGACUAAUGAAACAAGGUCAGCUCUGACCUCACAAACACGAUCACCUGUGAAAACUUACACCUGACGAGGACAAGCCAAGAAUACUCCAAAAGUGGAAAUAACUAAAUUUGUGAGCUAAGCAUAAAUUCAAGUAGGAGUAAGAUCAUAAGAUAGAAAUGAGAAAAAAGACCCGUGAGGACAAAAUCAAGACCAGCCUUGACUAACUAGAAGAAACGAAAAGGAAACUUUAAAGACAGACAAAUUUUAAAAAUAACUUUUAAAAUACUGCUCAACAAUGUUCAAAACUGGUACUGUGGCUGUGAUAACAUUAAAUACAUUUUUCAUUUAGCCUUCUUAAUUAUUAAAAAUAUUGUUUCAUUUUUAAACCAGCAUGAUUUAAAUCGCGUCAAUAUUCCCCACACUAUGUUACGGUGUCUUCGUUUGUGGUUUGUUUUAAUCCGUAAGUGUACUUGUAUUGAUGCAGGUGGUGUUAUGUGGGCCAUGUCUGAUCCUGUUCAACAUGGAGUUAUGCUUAUAAACCCGUCUACAGGUAACGUCACGUUGAAUUUGUACCCUUUGCGACCAAAGGCCUCCUCCAAAAAAAUUGAGGGAAAAUAGCAUUUUUUUUUUACCUUACUAAUAACAACCGUUUACGUAGCAUACAACCAUUCAGUUGCAGGCGAAGCUGUAUCAAGCGGUCCGGCACCCUUAGGGACUGGCUUACUGACCGCUUAAUACGUGUUUACCGUUAAAUACAGUGGUGUGGCAAACCUUUUUUCAAGAGUUUUUCAAGAAAAUAAAAAAAGGUGAAAGAGCGAAAUAUCUAUCCCUCGACAAAUUGACCUCAAAAUGUCUCUACCUCUUAUGCCAAAGGAAAGGAGGCAAAAGACUACUUAAGACCAUGCCCUGAGUAAAUGUUGCACUUUAAUGGCACAUCUCGACAAUGUGACCGUUAAAUAGAAGCAAACAUAAUAAAAAAUCAAUCGAUUGGACCUCGGAAAAAGUGACCGCUACCGUUUUAUAGAAGGGACCGCUCAAUACAGGUCAGUUUGACAGCAACAGACCCUUGCAGAACUUGGUCACGUGCUUGGAUACCACUUAGUAACGGCUCGCUGGUUAGCAAGCCAUCCAAGCGUUCAUUCUGAGUUUUGAUUGCGAUCGAGCGAAGCAUUCCUAGGUUAAUUAUUUUAUGUUGAAUAUUAACCGAAAUGACUGGACUAGAAGACGUUUGAAUUAGCCUAGGAAUGCUUUGCCCGAUCACUGCGUGGCUUACCAUCCAGUGAGCCGUUGCUAAGUGGUAUCCUAGCACGUGAUUACAAAGGGCCAAUUGAGGGAAACGAUCUCCGGAACUGUGAUCAUUAACCUUUAAAUAGUUUUUAUACAUACUCAAAAGUUGACGAUUUUCUUUGUAAUCUUUCCACAGGCACGCCGUUACUAGGAACCGACGGCAAUCCACUUGUAAUGCAACCCACAUACCAACAAGUAAUGGUCAAACCCGGUACAGCACCAGUCUACGCUCAACCAUCUUCAGCCCGCGCUGCAGUGCAAAGUGCACAGCAGUCUUCUUCGAUAGCACAGCAACAGCAGCAGUCGCAACAGCAGCAACAGAAUCCUGCUCAAAUGGUGAUGCCGCAGUAUGUUGGCGUGCCGCAGCCGAUGUACGUGAUGCCGUCUACGGCUCGUCCUCCCUUUGCACAGCAACAGGCUGUAAGUUUUCCUAGUCAGUUUCAAGCUUCACCGCACGUAUAUUCUCUCUCUAGAGAUUUCAAUUCACUUUCCUUUAGAAAAUAUUAGCACCUUGUUGUCCGUGACCACGAGGUUUUGGUUUUCUUGCAGUAGGCAGCGAGAAAUAUUAGCCAGUGUAGUAUUUAGCCAGAGAGCACAGGAGUAGGUAGUUAUCAUUUUCGAUGUUGGAAAAUAAGGUUGGUUCGUUAAUGUAAUUUAAUUUUGUAAAUUUGGAUGCGACCAAAGAGUGAGAACAAUUUUUAUCGCAGUAAAAUCUCAAUAUCUGCAAUAUGUUUCAAGAAAAACAUGGAAUGCCACAUGUAUGCAGUAAAGAUGUCUUAAAAACCAAUCACUUGUAAUUGCGUUUUAGUGGAAAAUGAGGUAAUAAAGGUUGUUUUUAACCUUUGAAAUCCGCAGUAAUGUCUGAUUGCUUGCAUUUUGUUUUUCUUUCAAAAAAGAUCUGUCUUUCAUAUCUAUUUACGGAUGGAUGAACGCAAAGACAGCGCGUGGAAACUCGGGGGAAAUAAAGGGCGUCCUUGCACGUACUUCUCCCACGCGCGCGCGCCUCCGUGUUGGCCGGCUUUGGCAUAAGAUAGUGCAGGAAGUCAGUUAUAGAACAGAGUAGCUUCUCUAUUUACCUUAAUUCAUUGUAUUCCUUGCCAUAUUUUGAAUUCAUUAGCAUCGUUCUCGUGCUCUAACACUCGAUAGCUGAUAUGUUGGCUCAGAGAGUUUUUAUUUGCAGUCCAGCCUGCCAACAGAUUUUUAGCGCAACCAAGGGCACGAAUCCAACUGUUUAAGUAAAUACAAGGAAUUGUCUGCAAUUUCGUAUAUUUAUUUUUUACAGUCCCUAAAAAGAUCCCCUAGAUCCUCUAUUAAGCCCCCCCCCAGGUGGGGGGGGGCUUAUUUAUUUCAAGCACUUUUUAGGGGAGAGGGGCUUAUUUGAGAGGGGUGUUUAUUCGAUUAAGCAAAGAAGAUAGUAUCAGUCCUCCAUAAAGAACCAGAUUGCUAAGCUGAAAUGCUCAAGUACAAGAAUUUGGAAGUCAUGCAGCCGAGGAUCAAAAACAAAUCCGAACUUCCAGCUGGUGAAUGAGCCAUCUUGGAUCAGUCCUCACGAGGUUUUACAGUCGUAAUAGACUCCUCACAGUAGUGAUUGAUUCAUACAAUCUACCAGUUAUCAGUGAAUAAUGAUAAGGUGGAGGGAAGGGGGGCUCAACUUUUUUCCCCUGUAAAUGAGGGGGGGGGGAUUAUUUGAGAGAGGGGCUUAAUAGAGGAUUUACGGUAGAGGUAUCCGAAAGGAAGGUUCAACUUUACAUUAGAUACCUUUAGAUUCUAAGACGAGUACGACUACGAGUACGAGAUUUUCUCAAUACUAAGUAGUGGGUGAAGUAGUGUACGGGUGUGAGCCAGCGUCAUUUUGGCAGGAAAAAGUGGUAGCCGUCGUCAUUCUAGUACGAGUUUUCGCGCGAAUGUCGUGGUGGCGAAAAGAAGAUAUCAAAUAGACCUUGUCACGGUUUUCAACGCCAUCUUGACAAGUAGGCAAACGAGUGAGAAAUUACAGUGAUUGUAUGAGAAUCUAACGUCAAAUAAUUUCCGUAGAACGGCUGUUCUGAAAAAAAUAUGAUUUGUAAACUAAAGCUUCACUCCUAAGGAUUCUCCUGAAAACACUAGAAGACCUAGAACCACUUUUUAAAAUUUCCUAUACAUUUGUCUUUAAGAAAGUCCCGCGUAAAUUACAGACAAAUAUAUGGAAAAACUAAAGCAAGCCUCUGGAGAAAUUUAAGCACAGGUACGCCCCCAGAAUUUUUAGGACAAUCCUUUGCUUUGAAGCUUUAGUUUACAAUUGAUAUUUUUUUCAGAACAGCCGUUUUACGGAAAUUAUUCGAGAUUAAAUUCUUGUACAAACACUGUAAUUUCUCACACGUUUGCCUACUCGUCAAGAUGGCGUCGAAAACCGUGACAAGGUCUAGUUUAAAGGUUUUAUCAUUUUGCGAUCGGGAGAGCGCGUAACUUCCUUCACUAAAGAUAACAAUGCUAACUUGUCUAGUGAAAAAUGGUAAAAUGAAGCUUUCCGGGAAGUUUACAUUUUGAGGAGAGGCGAAAAACCUUUAAUUCAAAUCUCGUGCUGUGCACCCUCUCGUGAUCGUAGUCGUCCUCGUCCACGAAUCUGAAGGUCUCUAUUAGUUUCGGUCUUGUGUCUAUCAAAUUGACCCACUCACGCUGUUCACUUCCUCCACCCUUCACUCCUUACUCUUCCUGUUUAACUACUCAAAACAUGUGUGAAAGUUAGUGAAGUGUGAUUUGUGAUCUGAAAUUCUGCAACCUUCGUUGCCCUAAUUUGGCGUCGCUACUGUAGGUAUCCCGCGUCAAAAACAAAUGUUAACUGUUUUAGUCACAGUCAUACGAAAAGACUUUAGGAAGGUUACCACCUUUUACCUCUCUUUUGCUUUUUCCGCCUACACCGUGGCCCAGGUGUUUGUGUUCGUAAUUCUCGGUGUACCCCAACAUUGAAAAGGGUAAGGCUGAGGAGGGGUAUUUUCCCACAGACAAAUUACCCUUUUUAAACAUUACCACAAACUCUAUGAUUUGGAGAAAUGAUUCGGUUAAGUUGCAUCACCGUCGUGAGGAAGUAUAAUUUCAUUGUCCGGGUGAACGUAGUCCUGAAUACGACUGUUGUUUUUGACAGUGACUGACUUUUCAACAACAUGUGCGGUAGCCAUCUCCAGAGUCAAAGUACGUUGUAUCACGUUAGUUGAUGCAAAUAAACUCAGAGUUUAAUGCCAUUAACUGACGUUUCGAUUCACUUUGACUUUUACGAUGGCUAUCGCACAGGUUGUUGAAACGUCAGACACUGACUGGUAGAAUGUGAUUUGAACUCGGGACCAUCAAGCCCUGCAGAAACAACUUUAGCCAGUGGUCAGAACAAAACUCAAUCCCCGGACCACCGUGUUGCCACGCUGUGGCACAGACCUCUUGGCUUUUUUGCAUUUUUUCUCCUACUUAUCGAUCUCUUCUCUUGAGCGUCUUGGAGCUCCGCUAAAGAUAUGCCGACGUAGUUAUGGGUAGUAUUUUUUUAGCUGUUUUUAUUGUAGUAGAAAGUAGUUAAAGCCUGUAGGUUCCUGGAGUUCCCCUCUCACUUAAUCACGAAGCAACGUGUACUGAACUAGACAUAACCAUCCAAAUAAAUUGAUCAAUGUAGUUAACCAAACAAGCCCUUUAUAAUAUAGCCUUAUGACAACAACGAGGAGUGACUGGAAGGGUUUCCCCACAAAGGUAAUUGGUUCAUUAGACAGUGAGAAAGCCAAUGAGACGAACCAAACUCUAAUUUGGGUCGACCUAAAUUAAGUUAAGAUAGUCUGUUGGGUCAAACGUCGAACUUCGGACGCGUCGAACUAAUCAACUGAAUCGGACCAAAAAGCAAUAUUAAAAAAUUUUCUCCCGAACGAGGCUAAAUAUACAUUAUCAUCAAAUUUUUAAUUUAUUAGUUUAGUUCGUAGCAUGUGAAGGUCGGCGUUUGUCUCGGAGACGAUCUUCAGACGAACCUAACUGAGCCGGACGUCGAACUUUUCAUGAACUUAACUCGAUAAGUUUGGUUCGUCUCAUAAAAAGGUCGACGUUUGGCCUAGGCCUAAGCGAGCCACAAUAAAGGUCUUCUUCUUCAUAUGCGACUUCUGUUAACUUCACAAACGUUUUUAUCGUACUUUAGGGAGCAGAAGGAACUCCGGGAAGCCAGUGGACAGGAGGAUCUGGACAGUCAGUGACGCCAUCAAAUCCGGGAUAUCAAGAUGUGACUGCUCAGUUUAGCGGGCUUUCAUUGUCAGGGCAACAGGCUUCUCUUGAUCCAAGCUCUUAUCAACAGUACGCCGAAACUGUCGUUCCUAGUUCAAGUUCUACAACCCCACCUAUGUAUAUAAACAGUGUCACGCAAGCUGGUAUGACGGGACAAGUUCAAUACGUUGUGUUACCCGCUCAUUCUAGCGUGUCACAAAUAAGGCCUGUAUUACAAGGCCAAGGUUAUGCCGGGCAAGCGGUGCCUCAAACUGCCUCACCGCAGCAAUACCAAAGUUACGUAGUGUCUCCAACACAAACGCCUUAUCAACAAUUUCCUUACGGUGCCAUAUCCAAAGAUGUCACGUCAUCCGUUAUUCAACAACACCCACGUUCUCAAACACCACCCACCCCUCCCCAGACUGCGUCGCCUGUCGUUGCAAGUCAGUUCUUACAGCAACAGCAGUUGACGCUGUCUUCGCAAAUCCCUGCACAAUCUCCACAACAAUCACACACCUCCCCAUACCAGCAACAAACGACCUCACCCCACACCCCACAGCAAGUUAUGCGACCUAUGGUACCAGUAGUCAUUCAAGGAGGUCGAGGAGUUACUUUGGCAACUGCUGUUGGACAGCAAAACCCAAUCCCUUCACAAUACCCACAACCUCCAGCCCAUGUACAAACACAGUACCCAUCUAACCAGAGGCGAAUGUAUAAUAUUGAUAGACGCGUUACUAAGGCAGGUGAAAUGUACGGCUCUGAGGCUGUCAUGCAAGGUUCCUCGUUGGUGUCUUACGGCGAUGGUACGAUUCCGACUGGAUAUGAGAUUCCAGGCGAUAGGAGCCAGUACAACUUUCAGUAUCAAAGGUAUAUUCAUAGUUGCGUAUACCGUAAAAUUCCGAAAAUAAGCCCCCCUAUGUAUAAGCCCCUCCAAAUAUAAGCCCCCCAAAACCGGUAACGCAAAAAACGCUCCGUUAAAUGUCCCCUCCGAAUAUAAGGCCUCCAGGGGCUUGUACUUGGAAAAUUCCCCUCAAAGACAAAGUAAAACAAAGCAAAAACGGUAGAUUUACUUCCAAGUAUAAGGCUAGCCCAUCGAUUUUGAAACGCAAACUUCCCUCCAUAGAUAAGGCCCUCCAAAAAUAAGCCCCUCGAAAAGGGCUUUUGAAAAAUAUAUGCCCCCGAGCUUAUUUGCGGAAUUUUACGG